AGGCAUGCAAUGAAGUUGAAAUCCAAUUGGCUAUUUCCCACACUAUCGGUAUCCUCUCCUCCGCCACCAAUAUUCUCUUCUCUUUUCGGACCUGCUCAUACUUCAAAACCAAUUCACAGCCCCACACACACACACUCAUCUCAUCAUUUCCCCCACUCUUCUCUCUGUCGUUCCUUUCUCCGCGAGUGGACUUCAAGUCUUCAACGAAGAGAGGGAGCGCGUGAGUGAGGGAGUGUGGCAGCCAUGGAGAAGAUUUCACUAACAACAACUGCUCAUAACUGUUUCUUCACUUCUACACUUCCAAAGACAUCUUCUUUCUCUUCUUCUCUAUUCGCCUCUAACCAGCUUCUUGGUCUUCCCUUAUAUUCUUCUUCUUCUUCUGCGUCCACCAAUCCCCGCCUCAGACUUGUUUCUAGAAACGCCGCUUCUUGCAGGACCGUCAAAUGCUCUGUUUCUGAAGCCGCUGAACCCCUAACUGAGAGGAGGCAAUUGAAGAGAAGAGGGGAUGUAAGGAACAUAGCAAUUGUUGCUCAUGUUGAUCAUGGAAAAACAACUCUAGUUGAUGCCAUGUUGAAACAGACAAAGGUGUUUCGUGAUAAUCAAUUUGUGCAGGAAAGGAUAAUGGACUCAAAUGAUUUGGAGCGUGAGAGAGGAAUCACAAUAUUGAGUAAAAAUACAUCGGUCUCCUAUCAUGACACAAAGAUUAAUAUAAUAGAUACUCCCGGUCACUCUGAUUUUGGAGGUGAAGUAGAGCGUAUCCUGAACAUGGUGGAAGGAAUCCUUCUAGUGGUAGAUUCUGUUGAAGGACCAAUGCCACAGACAAGAUUUGUCUUAAAGAAAGCAUUAGAGUUUGGUCAUUCAGUUGUCGUGGUUGUUAAUAAGAUAGACAGGCCAUCUGCUCGCCCAGAUUUUGUUGUCAAUUCAACUUUUGAACUCUUCAUUGAAUUAAAUGCAACAGAUGAGCAGUGUGACUUUCAAGUAAUAUAUGCAAGUGGUAUAAAAGGACAAGCAGGGUUGUCUCCUGAGAAUCUGGCAGAAGACCUUGGGCCAUUGUUUGAGUCCAUCAUCAGAUGCAUCCCAGGACCAAGGAUUGAUAAAGAUGGUGCUCUUCAAAUGCUUGUCACAAAUAUUGAGUAUGAUGAACACAAAGGGCGUAUAGCAAUUGGGCGCUUGCAAGCUGGAGUUUUGGAAAAAGGCAUGGAUGUCAAGGUAUGCACAUCAGAAGAUUCAUGUAGAUAUGGAAGAGUUAGUGAGCUUUACGUGUAUGAUAAAUUCAGUAGGGUCCCUGCAGAAAGUGUGGAGGCUGGUGAUAUAUGUGCAGUAUGCGGAAUUAGUGAUAUUCAGAUUGGAGAGACAAUUGCUUGUAAAGUGUCUGGAAAGCCACUACCUUCCAUAAAGGUGGAGGAACCAACCGUGAAAAUGGCUUUCUCCAUAAACACUUCCCCUUUUGUUGGCUGCGAGGGAAAGUAUGUUACGAGUAGGAACUUAAGGGACAGGCUUUAUCGUGAACUUGAGCGAAAUCUCGCCAUGAAAGUUGAAGAUGGUGAGACAGCAGAUACAUUCAUUGUCAGUGGGCGUGGAACUUUGCAUAUCACCAUACUGAUUGAAAAUAUGCGAAGAGAAGGAUAUGAAUUCAUGGUUGGCCCUCCUAAAGUUAUCAACAAGAAAGUUAACGACAAAUUGCUAGAACCAUAUGAGAUUGCAACUGUUGAGGUACCUGAAGAACAUAUGGGAGCUGUUGUUGAACUCCUUGGGAAGAGACGAGGGCAGAUGUUUGAUAUGGAAGGAGUUGGAUCGGAGGGAACUACAUUACUCAAAUACAAGAUCCCAACUCGUGGCCUCCUUGGAUUACGGAAUGCAAUUUUAACUGCUUCCCGAGGGACAGCUAUUCUCAAUACUAUCUUUGAUAGCUAUGGACCCUGGGCUGGUGACAUGAGUACCCGGGAUCAAGGCUCACUGGUUGCUUUUGAGGAUGGAACAAGUUCUUCUUAUGCAAUCGCUAGUUCACAGGAAAGGGGACAGAUGUUUAUCGGUCCUGGAGUGGAUGUUUAUAAAGGUCAAAUUGUUGGCAUCCAUCAGCGACCUGGGGACUUGUCAUUGAAUGUUUGCAAGAAAAAAGCUGCAACAAACAUACGCUCCAACAAGGAACAAACAGUGAUUCUUGAUACACCCUUGGAUUAUAGUCUUGAUGACUGCAUCGAGUACAUACAAGAAGAUGAACUAGUAGAGGUUACUCCCCAAAGUAUUCGAAUGUGCAAGAAUCCAAAGCUUCAGAAGAAAACAAGGUAGACUUCAUCUCUUAGGUAGUAAUUUGCAGAAGCUCUUUCAGUUUUCGCCACUUAGAACUGCGCAACUAAUUGAUGAUGCUGCUGCUAAGGUAACAAGGAAAGCAUAUCACAGCCUUUCAAUAUAAUGCCGCGCAUGUUCUCCCGUCAUGGCGGAAUAAUAUACGAACAUGCUAGAAGCUGUAUUCCUUAUAUAGGAAGUGUUCAAAGUUUGAUUUCAAGGGACAAAGUCGCACUGAAUUUCAAUUUUGUUUGCAUGCAACAUUUUAUUUUGAUGUAUCAUAAUAUACGGUGACUGCUUAGUGAAUUUGCAAUACUAAACAAAUAGAUGUAUAUUGCUGUCCCAGACUCCUUAUUUAUUUAUUAAAAUUUUGUUGAGUUUUGAUGA